AUGCCCGUCACACAGGGCGUGCUGGCGGUGGCCGCGGUCCUAGGGUUCCUCUACACGCUUGUCAAAGUGUCCAAAGUAGGCAGUAGGGCAAAGGGCCUUCCACCCGGGCCGCCUACAAUUCCAAUUUUAGGCAACCUUCAUCUUAUGCCCAGAGUAAAGCCGCAUCUUCAGCUACAGAAAUGGGCACAAGAGUACGGGCCGAUCUAUUCAUUGAUCCUGGGAUUGAAAGUCAUGAUCGUCCUUUCGUCCGAUGUUACAGUCAAGGACUUACUGGACAAGAGGAGUUCAAUUUAUUCAGACCGGCCUGACAUGUUUAUCGGUCAAAAAAUUGCCAGUGGCGAUAUGAGAUUGGUAGUGAUGAGAUAUGGGGAGAACUGGCGAAUGAUCCAUCGAAUAAUCCAUAACAUCCUCAACAUCAAAGCCGCCGUCACCUACCUUCCCUAUCAGGAUCUCGAGAACAAAUUCCUCCUAGCAGGCUUGUUAGAAACUCCUCAUGAUGUUCUCAAUCACAUUAGAAGGUAUAGCUAUUCUUUGUCCACUCAGAUGAUCUUUGGCUAUCGGUGUCCGGACCUUAAAGAACCUAGAUUGCAACAAUUAUUCUGGAGUUUUGAGAGAUGGGGUGAGCUAGCUGGAAGCGCAAGUGCCCAACUUGCCGAUUUGUUUCCCAUCAUGCAAAAGCUCCCAGCCGCUCUGGCGCCCAAUGUGCGAUAUGCGGCAAAGCUCCAUGAGAAGGAGAAGGAGCUCUAUGUAGGCCACUGGAUGCAGGCGAAGCGAGGCCUGGAAGCCGGCACAGGAUUAGUCCCCUUGUUUCUGCAACGACCUUUUGAAAGCGCAGACAACCGAGGGAUUUUCCGACGAUGCAGCGAGGACAUCAGCGGCUCGCUGCUAGAGGCAGGCUCCGAUACUACGGCGUCUAUCCUUUAUGGCUUCAUUCAGGCUUUGCUGCUCUGGCCUGAUGUACAGAAGAAGGCUCAAGAGGAAAUCGACCGAGUCGUGGGGUAUGAUCGAAUGCCGACCAUUGACGACUAUGCCGAGAUGAGCUACAUUCGCUGCUGCAUUAAAGAAAGUCUGCGUUGGAUGCCGACCGUGUCUCUGGGUGUACCUCAUGCCGUGGUCCAAGAUGACGUCUACAACGGCUAUGUGAUUCCAAAGGGUGCUACAGUCGUUAACAAUGUUUGGUCAAUCCACAUGGACCCCAAACGCCCACCCGAUCCGCGCCGAUUCAACCCAGAUCGAUUCGCUGAUGACCCGACAACGCUCUAUCAAUCGGCCACGGGGGACCCAAAGAAACGUGAUAACUUCGUCUUUGGCGCUGGCCGCCGCCUUCGCCAGGGUAUACACAUAGCUGAGAGGUCCCUCUUCUUGGGCAUGUCGCGGAUGCUUUGGGCAUUCAGCGUUUCCAAGGCUUUGGACAGUAAGGGGCUGCCUAUCACCCCGGACAUGGAUGACCUACUCGGAGGGCAAGAUCGAAUCAUCAGAGACGCCGUGCGCGAGUGCGAAGAGUUGCUUGAUCCCAAGACGAAGCAGUGGACGAAAGUGCCCCCGGGAAUGGCCUUCUCUACCUGGAUGCCGGAGAAGAUCGAGGCUUGA